AUGGCGAGCGGGAGAGGGGGGCACAAGAACAGCUUGCAUCAGAAGCGCAGUUCUGAGAAGACGAUGGAGCGUAUUGCGGAGGAUAGGGUUUAUGCCGACGAAGAGAAGUCUGAUGAGGAGCGCCAGGCGCAGGGGGCUGGGUCCGUCGCAUAG